AUGAGUUUAUCAGAAAGCACAACGACAGCAACAUCUACAAUUCCUCCACCCACUGCCUUCACAGCAGCCCCUGAAGCUAAUCCAGCGUAUGCUACAGCCACAGCAACUGCUGCUACAACUGCUGCCAUGCCAGCUGCUACUGCUGCUGUGCCCACUCCUACACCUUAUUCUCAGGCCCCUAUUGCCACUACAUCAUAUGCUCCAGUCCAAGCACCAGUUGAAACUCCCAUCCCAAAUCCAGCAUCUAUCGCAUCUCCUCUCCAAACGCCCAUGCAGCCACCAAUGCAAGUCUCCACUGAGAUACCAAUGCAACCGAUGAACUUUCAGCCUUCACCCAUGCCACAGCCAAGCCCCUUGAUGAUGGGUGGUGCCCCAACUGUCCCAGUCAUGGCUCCUCCAGUCAUAGGAGGGUCUGAAGGUGCACCACCUAGUGUGGGCAUUACCUCUCCAUGUCUCUGCCUCAACCACCACCACCUGCUCUGA